AUGCAGAAGAAAACAGCGGAUGUAGAAGGUGCGAUUACGGGGGAAGACCUAAGCGCGCAAUUGGAAGAUUUCAUCGAGGAAGCUCUGGCUGGCGGAACCACCUUGAAAAUGGAACCGUGGCUACUGGAUCCUGGAUUGCAGUUGCCUACAGGCAUACUCUUCGAAGGUGCAAUACAAGGGCCGAGUAGUCACGUGAUUGAACCGAAAGACUCUGGCCUGCAGGUAGGGGGCCUUUUGGUUCUCUUUGCUGUCAUUUACAUGCAACCUAUCAACGUGUAUUACUCAUAUGAUGAACGGCCAAAAGCGGCUUUUUCUCCUUAUGAACAGCAGCAACCGAAUUUUUCUCCUUCCCCUCGUGAAAGUGGCUCACUGAAAAGUGCACCUGUACCUGGGGUCGACCUAUGCAGCCACCCUUUCUACAGAACCUCUCAGUUGCUUCCCGGGGUGGUUCCGAGGACCUUCAAUAUGGAAUUUGCACUUGCAGCCUCCGGGACAGUUGUUUCCCCGCUUCGCCCCCUCGCACACAUCAGCUCGUGGCUCAAGAUGGAGGCGCUCAACUCACUUCGCUCAAAUGUGCUAAUGGGCUGUUUAGAGGAACUCGUUGGGUUCGCAAUGCAUAAUGUGAAGCGUUCCCUCAAGGUUGUGAGACCUGUGUUUGCGGUAGAGACACUGGCGCUUUACCUGCUGGUUGUAGAUUCGUUGUAUGCUGCAAGUGCAACCUUGGGUGAGUCGGCGCAAAGCUGUACUUGGUGGAACAGGAUUAUGGCUGAGCUUCCCACUCAGUUUGUCCUAGGAUCGCAAGCGCAUCCGCGUGGGGCGAGCAGGAAGCUUCUAUCCUUAGCAGAAAGGAUUAAAGACGCUUUCGAGAUAUUCCGAUCUGGCGCUCGCCCCUCGCCGGCAGUGCUAGUUCCUUUAAAACAGGAAAUCUUAUGUAGUGGCUUGAUACGCAAGUUUCAGAGGGGCGGCUGGAGAAUCUUCAAGGAGCAAGACGACGAGUGGAGACUUCAAAAGCGAAGGCGUUUGUGA